AUGGGCGCGUCCGACUCCAAACUCACCUUUAAGCAGGGCAUCUUCCGCCUGUCUGAGCCCAAGCAGAUUCCGGCAGACGAUGUCUACUGGACCGGCUUCUGGGAGCUGCCAGAGUCGACCGAGGAUGUCUUCUCGCUGUUCUCGCCCGCUGACAUCCGCCGCACGCGCGACAACAACCUAGCCAACCUUGAGACCCUCAUCCUCGCCGUCACCUCGCGCCUCAAUGUGCUGCGCAACCACCCCUCGUUCCCCGACCCCGAGCUUGCCCCGGAGCGCGAUGCCCUCAACUGCAUUCGCGUCCUCACCCGGCUCCUGCCGUUCCUGUACGAGGAGGACCGCCUCGAGCAGUGGGAAGACGACUUCUUCUGGGCGACGCGCCGAAAGCGCAGUCGGCGGGGCCAGGUGCGCAGCGAGGUCAUCUUCGAUGAAGCAGACCCUGAGCAGACGCCGACGCAGCAAGAGCCCGAAUUCGAGACUGCGAAGCCGCUCGCAGAGGAAGUCAUCGACACACUGAUUGACCUGCUCUUCUUCUCCGAGUUUACCCUGCCAAAAGUGCCAGCGGGCAAGAACAAGGUCACCUACGCCAUCUGGCAGAGCGGCGUGGGCUGCAACACGCCCGUUGCCUCGACAAAGGAGUUCGAGAGCAACAGAACCGAGAUCUUGCGUCUUCUGCUCACCUUUGCAAGCAAGUCCAUGUACAUGUCUUCUGUCUUCAAAGAUCAGAGGCAAAUACUUGUGACAUACUGCUUGCAACUCCUCCUGGUACUCAUCCUGUACCCAAUUCCAGAGGCAGGCAACGGUCCUGCGCCCAAGAAUUUCUUCCGCCACUUCUUAGGCCGGCUACAUAGACCACAGGACUUUCAAUUCUUGGUAGAUGGCAUGACUCGCAUUCUGAACCAGCCCGUAUGGAGCCAGAAGUCACUGACUUGGGCACCCGAGAUGAUCAUGCUCUUCUGGGAAGCUCUGCAAUGCAACAAGCGAUUCCGCUCGUUUAUCAUCGAUACCGACAGAGCUCACGAUUUCGUGGUACUGGUGCUGUACUACGCAAUCGACCAGCGCAACGACCCUACAAAACAAGGUCUGGUUCGAAUGUGCGUGUUUGUGCUGCAGACUCUGAGCGUUGAGCCAAACUUUGGCAAGAGUCUCAACAAGACUUUUGAAGGCCAAGAGUCGCUCCCACCAAGCAUACGGAUCCCUAACUUUCAUGGUACAUAUGCCGACUAUGUCAUCACUCUCUUUGCGUCAAUGUCGUCGCCGAGCUUCUUAUUCGCCAAUGAGAACAACCACACACUCCUCCAAUCAUUAUUGGAGGUGCUGAACGCCAUGAUUGAGCAUCAAUAUCAACGUAAGUACAUCACGAAUGAUACAAUUCUUGUCUCUGACACGACACCAGACAACCCAAAUCUCAUAUACGCGAUUGUGCGGUCUCGUAAACGAUUUCAGGCACUGCGAGACUUUACGCUCGAGAGCGGACAGGAGGAGAUAGAGCGACAGAACCAACUGCGUAAAGAGGGUGCAUCUGAGCUUCAGAGAACGAACUCGAUCGACAGCAUCAGAAGUCCCACGGUCUCACGAACGCCCACGUUGGGCAACGUCCCUGAAGAGAACAGUGCCUUUGCAAUUGGUGAUGAUGAUGACUCUGAUGCCGACGAGCCACAUCCAACGGAGGCACCACAGUCACCAAUACAUUCGCCUUCGGGAGCUUCAAGAAGCGCAUCGAUAGCAUCUUCUAUUGAUGAAGCUGUGCCGCUUCAGUUGAGAGGCAUGUCAGAGAAAGCACGGGGGAAAAUGCCCGUGGGGCAGCCCGCUUUCUCAAGGCAGAACAGCAUCUCAAGCUUGAGUAGUUUGGCAACACCAGCACUGGCAACGAAUGAGUUCUUUACGCCAUCUUCUGCAUGGCUCGAAAGUUGGCUAUCGCAGCUGCCACUGCAUUCCAUCUUGAUGUUGAUUUCGCAGCUUGGGCCCAAGAUGCCGAGCACGAGUUCCAAUGACACGGUAGCGGCGCUCGAAAUCAUUCAUGAUACAGAGGUGCGAGGCAUCGAGCCGUCUCCAAUCAGGGUCCACCUCUUUGAGUGGUCCCCCUUGUCCCUCGGCUGGUAUGAGUCGCUUCUGUGGGGAUUUGUUUUUGCGCAAGAGAUGCUCGUAGCUAAGGGCACUGCCGGGGUAUGGAACAACACUAGUAUAAGGCUAUUCAAGGUGCAAGAGGCCGCAGCGCAAGCACCUUCACUGAUGCAGCCACGGGGGGCCGUGGAUGCAGUGGGAAGCAACCUUGUACAGCGAAUUGGCAGCCUCAAUCUGCGCGGGGCAGCCACUCAGGCAACGCAGCGGGUCUCGUCGAGCGGCGGAGUGACCGGAAAUCCGACAGCGGGUGGUACAGUUAGAGACGUCUAGCCAUGUCGACAGAUCUGUUCGAAGGCAAAUGAAAGCUUAUGGUACUAU